GUCUUACUAAAUAUCCACAGCUCGGCAACUAGGUACCUGAAUAGGUACAUACACCUAUAUUAGGGAUAGUCCGGGUUGGGGACUAGUUCCACUUAUUGGAAGCCUGGCAUGUCUCCAUUCUAAUGACACUGCCGAAGGCCGACUAUGGGGGUGUGAUGUAUAUCCCUAGGGUUCGCUCUUAUCUACCUACUCAUUAUAUAUAUGGGUGUAAUAGCAACAGAAGAUGGUGGUAAUGAUAUAAUCGGGUAUUCCCCCUACUAGAUGGUCCCGACUUGACACCUUCCCUUUAAACUUUGUAACUAUAUUCAAUCCAGACAGGCAAGCAAGACACAGGUUGCCCAAAAUGGUUGUGCAGACGACUACACAGCUUCGCUCAACAUACAACCUCUGGCAACGAUUCCAUUACCCUACUGAUAAGGGUCCUAUAGACGCUAUUGCAGUACCGAAGUCGGUAGGCGACUAUCUCAACUCCGCUUAUGCCCUCAUAUUGGAUUUAGCAAUACUCCAAUUCUGGACGAUUCUCUUCGGCCUCGUUAUAUUCUAUUACAUAUGGAGAAAGAAGAAGAUAUCGGGAGGGGAUAAGGAGAAGGCUUCUUUGAGUCCUUUGGCGUAUAUUUUCUGGAAUAAAAAAGGAGAAUUCAUCGACUUGAUAUUGGCAACAGUGAUCUCGGGGAAAUGGAAGCAGAGGAUGGCAAUACCAUUACUAUUCUUGAUUCUCAUCGCCUGGGUUGGUCAGAAGGCCGCCGGAAGCUUAGUCCCUCCACUCAUCCUCCUCGGAAAUGCAGCACCCGUGAAUCCCAGCGCCAUAUACGUGCCCGACAACUCUGGAACAACUAAUGCUUCACGGGCAACUCUCUUUACGUUAGAAGUACCACGAUUUCUUCGCGCGUUAGGCAGCACGUCAAUAGGCGACGCACUGCGCCAGAAAGUAAAUAUAAGCACGCCAGUACCGCUGGGACAGACGAGCAACGGCGAUGACAUCCAACGAAUCGACUAUUGGUAUACUGCCACUGGAACGGAUUUUGGAUUACAGAAAUACCCUGGUUUGACCCUUAGCGUUGCGGGUUCAUGCACCACGGAGUAUGGAUGGCUUAUGGACAGCUCUACUCUCGAUGGAGGCUCUCAAGGAACGCUUGCCAUAGACGAUUACGAUGUUUUUGGAGAGUUGAUAUCGGCAUCUGUCUUCGAUGGUCGGCAGCCGUCAGCAAGCUUUCUCCUGGGAAACUAUACACAAGGCACGCUUGCUGAUAGCAACACAACAUGGGCAGCAGUGGUAUCGUCCGUCAAUAGAACGUCAUUCACAGCCGGAACUGACCCGUGGUACCUUACGGCUCCUGGACAAAGCGAGACAGGCGCUGGGUACUCAGUAUUGCCAGGACGCCCUGUCCUAUCCUGCUGGGAGGACGAUGUAUGGUCAUACGGUGGUCGUAAUAGUACAAUUGUCAACCUCGGGAGCGAUGCACUCCCAGGUCUAGAUUUAGCGGCUGAUUUUCAAGGAAUUCUUAGUUCCAUCUUCAGUAACCCAAUGAUUCUGUUAGUCGGGCAGCACCUUCAAGCCUCGGCGCUACUAUCGGCAACCACGGCGAACGGACAAGUGUUCAACGCCGAGGCAAGCAGUAUUCACAACGAUCUCGAACGACUAGUGCAAGCGGCGUAUGUAGCGACCGUCAACUGCUUGACGGAUUUGACUCUAUAUCCGGCCGGAGCCGACCGUGAUUUAGCAAACAUUGCUCUUGAUGACACCAACCAACCCAGAUCUGAUGUUGCGGAAUUUGUUGUCUGGAGCCCGGACGUUGCAGCCUUAUCGACAGUGGUAGUAAUUGUCAUCCCGAGCGUUUUCGUUGGUGUCUGGCUGAUUGCCACUGUGCUACUGUAUGCGCCUCCAGUCAACAUUGUCAACAAACUCUCGCAGAAAGACGACGUGCCAGACAAAAUCCCUGCCCCACCAGGGGAUGAUGAAAACCGAUCUCAAAAUGAUACGAAAGGGACUACACCUCCAGGAAAGGAGGUAGGACAACCAGGGACAGGUCCGAGUACCCCGGUUUGAAAUCGCUAUACCAUAACCGCGAGGGCUCUAUAGAUAACUAGGCUGCAGAAUAUCGCACGCGACGUAAUAUCUAAAGAACGGGACACAUUAAUACGGCGGAAAAAAGAGUAGGAAUCUUCUAUAGUCAGUUUUGAAAGAGGAGCUACGUUGAAUUAAUGAAUUUUAUGCUAGGAUAUUACGGGUAUUGUCAUAGUUUGAUAAGUAAACUGGAUGCGUUAACUUUUGAUAUGUUGAUCUAUGUUGCGAAUAGUUCAGUAUAGCUCUUGUCGUUGUGGCGGAUAUGUACUUCUUUACCUACUCAGUAUCAAGUUGUCCAAGGGGAAAGUCACAAGGUUGCAGAAUGAAGGUCUGAAAAGUAUAUGCCAUUUUGGGCGAUGACUUCAAGGCUGUGUUAUUAAAUGAUGAGGUAGCUAUAAUAUAGCAGAAAAGAUGGGG